AUGAUCAUUUGCUUGCGGCCAGGCGGAAGAAUCCUCCCGGGCUCCUGGCUACGUUUGUCUAAUCGGCGAUGUCGCAUACCUUUGCCUGCUAGAGGCUUCAACACGAAACUCGGUCGUUCCGGUUCCUCUGCCGAAAGCUCUCCGGUCCAUCCCUACAUCACCAGAGCUUCCCGUUCCCGUGCGACGAGGAUUCCCUGUCCCGUUCCUCGAUCGGAGCGAACUGAUAUUGCAAAAUGGGUUGUGUUUUUAGACAAAUAUCUCCCGGCAGACUUGCGGGCGCAUCAUACCGACACCCCGGAAGAUGAAUUGCCAAAUGAGCCAGAACAAUGCCAGGCCAUUUUACAGCUGCUUUUCCAAGCCAGAUCUUUGAUGAAUUUUGAUCUCCUGACGUAUAUGGGGCUCAAGCUGGGUAGAUGGCAAGCUGUCAGAGCCCUCGUUGAUAAAUUGCUUGAUAACAUGGAGGCAUUGCGGUCGAAACAUCCAGAUCUGGGUGGCUUGCCGUCAAAUAUAAACUGGGGGGAAACGGGGCUAUCGUUUGACGAGAUCACCGAGGAUAAACGGUAUCCGACCUUAUCUCUCUCAGUUCAGGAAGAAGCCAAUUAUCAGACCCUAGAGUCGUACGAUUCAUAUUCCGAAGAACCCGUUCUAGGAGCUCGAAUGGGAGAAACAAAUCUUCGGGUUGGGACCAUGGAGGAAUUAUGGCAGACCCUUGGGUAUUUCAUUAUUGAAGCUGCGGAUUUGCCUCCCGAUGAAUCAAGGGCGGUAAUGCGGCAGUUUUAUUCCAUCCUUGCCCGUUUACACAAUCUAGGCUAUAUCCCAAAAGACGUUUACAAGGAGGCACCGAAUGGGGGAGAAAUAUCGCCGUUACGCCCGCCGAUCAUUCAUCUUCUGACAACACGUAUUAUGAGCACGCUGACAGAUACUAUUUUGGAAGCAAACAUGGAGAAGCUAGCCGUCUCGACAGGUCAAAGACCAUCUAUGCAGUUGUUACGCUCCUCAGAGCGACAACUAGGAUUCGGGGUUUGGCUCGAAUUGGUCCUUUGGUGCUGCGUGGAAGGAGGUUAUGCUCGAGAAGCUGCGUGGAUCUUACAACACGUACGAAAGCGCUCUAAAGAAUGGAAAGUGGCAAGUUUCGCCAAUUUACUCAAGAUAAACGGUCCCGUUGAUCGCCGAAAAAUAGACUAUCAGGACACCUGGGAACAUUGUGGGAAAUUCGCAACAUCGCCGGGACGAGAAAUUGCCAAAGGCCCGUUCUUAGGGAUGGGAGAACGAACUAUUACCCAUGAAGUCGUUCUUGCUGUGAUGGACGGGCUUGCCAACACUGUUAGGACCGGUGUCAGUUUUAGGGGUGAUUCGGUCCGACAAGUCUGGGAGCGCUUAGGCUUACUUCGCGGCAUAUUACAAAAGAACCAGCUUACAGUCCGUUCUGGACUAGUCAACUACUUGAUUAUGCGGAUCCUAGAGGCGGGAGGUAUUGUGGUUGAAGUUAAACCUCAGUCUCUGGACCUGCUCCUAAAUGUUGCUCCCUCAAUGGCGACUGCUGAUGAACUUGAUAUCUCACUUGAGGAACUGCUCAGGCUCUUACGAAAGGGAGCCAUGCCGAGAAACUCUGGGUUUAUAUUGGGUCUAUAUCAUUAUACUCUGAAUGCGUAUGCUGCAACCGGUCACAUCUCGGGGACAAUCGACGUUUUGGAAAAACUUGUCGGAACUGUGGACUAUAACAAGGUCCUCAUGAUCCGUCAGUCAAUCCUGGAGUCCAAAUAUCUUAUAAAGGCCCAUAACGUGCGGAAAACGAAAUUUAGCUUCUCGUCGAAGCUUAGCAGAGAAACAUCAUUGUUUUCAGGGCUUCAGAUUCCCUCUUCUUCGCUCGCCGUUCUCCUCAAUCUUUUGACUGACUCGAAGGUGUUCAGCCUAGCAUCUUGGAUGGUCAAUCCACGCGAAUCCGUGGGGCCUAUAAUUUCUACUGGCAUGUACAGCGAUGAAGUUCUAUCUCCUGCGCUGAUUCAUUUUGCGACCGAAACUAAAAAUUCUGCCCUGCUCUCCAACGUUUUAGAAAGUCUGCCUCGGCCAUUGCCCGAAAAUAUCUUACACCCUUUGCUAGAUUACAGGAUAGCAAACUUUCAGUGGAAGCACACUCUGGAAUUACUAAUGUAUCUUCGCCACGUUAAACGCAUUCUAUGGGAGCCGAAGAAUGUCGCAUCCCUCGCAGCCGCCAUUAUACGGUUGGAUCAACCCUCUGACCGGUUCACCCAGUUCACUUCACAGGAGAACCACGAUCAAACUUUACGUCAAGAGCGCAAUUUCAUUCCCGACCAGAUGUUGUAUCAAUUUCAAAACAUCUUCCAAUCCAUAGGGUCACCUUCACUUUCGCAUAUUUGCGAAACCGCCAAGUUGAAAUGGCAAGGCCAAAUCGACCCGCUCUGCUACAUACCCGCCGACGCCUUCCGUACUCUGCUAUCCGCCGUGGUUGAAGUCCACGGCUGUAUCGCUGGUCGAGAGUUAUACGACAAGUGGUGUAUGUACCCUGCAACACCGCGUGCGCAGCGCAUUAAUUCCGGAGGAAAUACCACACUUUACUUCUCAUCGCACCUGGAUCCGGAGGCUGGAGGGGUGGAGCCUUAUUUCAAAUCGCACUGGCACGCAUGGAGGGAUCGGAAGCUAGUUAUGCCAGACCUCAGUGUGGUCCGAACAAUUGCACUGGGCGCCCUGAGUGAACAAAAUAAGCACGAAAAGUCCUCGACUAAUGAUGUUGCUGAAGGUGUAACGUCUGUCCUAGAUUGGUGUGUGGGAAUGUUCUUCGACUUGGGCUUGUCGGAGAGAGAAGUUGAUCGAGAGCUCGACGGCCAUCUAACACGCGCCAGAGGUCGAAUCCGCAGGGAAAAGGAUGCAUUAAUUGUCAACAGUGCCGCAGGCUCAGACUGA